UGUUGACAUUGACAUGAUCAGUGAUCGAUGCGUGACACAAGCACGACAACACUGAAAACAUGUCGAUGUCCGUGAAGGUUGGGAGUUUGAUCACCCUGUUGGUUGUAUUGGCUGCCUAUUUGUACCGAAAACAGACGAACGACAAUCUAAAUGAUCGUUUAGGACAUGUUUUAUCAGGAUUGCUGAGGGCCGAAAGAAAAGUUCCACAACCAAAAACUCGAGUUGCCCUGGGAUUUGGCAGUUGUUCUGAUAUUUUUGUCGACGCGUUAUCGGUGAUUGACGGAUUGAACCUGUUGCCGCCAGAGACUCCAGAACAUUUUGAUUCCGUCAACAGCACAGAGCAACUUGCGAAAUUAGCUGCUUAUUUUUUCCAACACGGUGCGGCAGCAGAGAGAUAUGUCAGUAAUGCAUCAUUAUUUCAAACAAUUCUGGACAUCAGUGAUAGUAUCCAAGGUCGACGUUGGAACCUUGGUGGGAAUGCUCCUGUGAUGGCCAACAGGAUGGCGUUAGAGGGACUGGAUGUAUUGUUAGGUGCCCGAUUGACCAAUAACCUGGCUAGUUCUUUAGCACCAAAUGUGAAAGUGACAGGUAAAACAACAUCAUCCGAGGAAGAUGUUCAUAUUGUACUGGAAUAUAAAACAGGUGAAAAAUGGGGAAGAUAUGUCUCACCUAGAGCCAACAGAUUAAUUCUACACAGUGAUACGGGUAAUCCAUAUCUUCAGUCAUUGGAAAACUUUCAAGAAGAACUAAAGACGUUUAAACCAUCACUGAUAGUAAUUGGAGGAUUACAAAUGAUGGAUAAUUUCCCAUUUGAACAAGGUCAAAGAUUAGAAAGGUUACACAAAUUACAGAAUUUACUUGCUCAAGUUUCACCCUCGACCAAAAUUCAUUUCGAGAUGGCGUCCUUCACCGAUUCAGCUUUAUUAAAAGAAAUUUACACAACAGUAAUGAUUCAUUCCGAUUCUUUGGGUAUGAAUGAACAAGAGUUACCUAACUUAGUAGGCCUGUUAACUCAUGGGAGGAUAACUCUGGUUUCUGAAAGCUAUCCUAGAGUAGCGACAGUUCUCGACCAGAUGCGAUUAGUUUAUAAUAAAAUGCGAAAAAGUCAUCGUACAGGUAGAAAACUAACGCGUCUUCACGUCCACACGUUAGCCUAUCAGGCCAUAUUAACCACGAAAUCUUCAUCGUGGAAAAAUACAAUGUCGGCAGCCGCCAAAGCUUCGUUAACGGCUCAUCGACACGUCUGCGGUUCUAGUUAUAUAGACGUUCUCAAGUCCAAACUUAUUAUGGACGAUUCCUUUGCCAGAAGUGUUUCUGAUUCCACGGAUAAAGUUAAUUUCCUUGAAAACCGUCCCGUAUCUUGUUGGGAUGAGGACGACUACCAGAUUUGUGUCGCUCCCGUCUUAGUUUGUACAAAUGUUUUGCAGACGGCCGGAGGUGGAGACAAUAUAUCGUCGGCUGGCCUCGUCCUACAGCUGUAGAUAUAAACAUUGUACUAACAUCGUCUUUCAUGCACAAGGCCACGCAAAAAAAAUAUUCUUGCUCUCAGACAAUCCUUAACAAAAAUCUGACACAGGAGGAAGGUUUUUAUUUUGUCAAAUGAAGGCCUGGAAAUAAUGGUUUUAGGUGUACCUGACAAAAUGUCAGGCACUAAUGAAAUAGUACCUGACAUUUUCAACUAAGUGCCUGACAUUUAUUAAUAAUAUCAAUAAAAAAGACAAAUCAGUGCCGGACAAGAUGACAGGCACCAGAGGUUUUGUGGCUGACAAAGCCUGAAUCUGUGUCUGACAUUGACGACAUUGUCUGUGACAAGUGUCUGAUUUCCAGGCUUAAUGAAGGCUCCUGGGAGAAAUGACUUCUCGUAGGCACCACAUUGCAAGAUUCUACAUUUAUCUCAUUGUGGUGUUUAUUGGAAUAUAUGAUUAUCUAGUAUCAGUGGAAAUCUUGAUAAAUGAGCCUACUUCCUGUGCGGUAAUUAAAUGCGACUGUUUUUAUUUUUUAGAGACGCAGGAUUAUCUGAGAGUUAGAAUAUUUUUUUUAUUUGGCCUACAUAAUUUUAUCAUUUAUUUUAACUAACCAUAUUAAUAUUAUGUGUAUAAACAGAAUGACAAUAUUAAUUUCAUUCGUCAGUCGUACUUGACUAUAUUUAGGCACGAUUGAUAAUCAGUGCCGAUCUUAGCGGUUGCACAGGGUCCGUAACUUUUAACAGAAAAUUUUAUAGAAAUUUACAGUCAACAUUCUCAUUUUCAGUUAGGCCUUUCACUGUCCUUUUUUGGGGGGAUGGAUUUUUGGAAUCAAACAUCCAUAGGGAUCAUUUUCCAUGUACGCAUUUCCAUGGCAUUUCCAUGCACAUUUUUUCCAGUUACAUGGAAUCAGUCCCAUUACAUUUGCGUUAGACUGACAUUUUUACUGACAAAAAUGCAUACAUGGAAAACAGUGUUAACUCUGCUAGCACUGAAAAACAAUUGACUUUUGACGUGUUGAGUCCAGUCAGGUUCAGGGUAUGCUACAAUACUACUUUUGUUAAUAGUAUUAUGACUAUUUCCUCUGCUGUUAUAACUACAUCUUAUUUCUGUUAUACAAGGGACACAAUUCUAUGGAAUAUUCCAUCCUCGAGGGUUUUCUCCUGGUCCUCCGGAUUCCUCCCACUGCUAAAGACCCCUACACGCAAGUGAAUUAUUGAAAUAAAAUUGAACCGUAUGUUAGUCCCAUAAUGACCUAGUUUGUGUCAAUCCCCAUCUCUCUCUCUCUUUCUCUCUCUUUCUCUCUCUCUGGAAUACAAUUACUGUUUCUUACUGAGCAAUGUUUCCACUAGUAUUCUGUGUUAGUUGAAACAUGGCUCAGUAAUAACCAUAUUCCAUAGAAUUGUGACCAAUGUAUUCCAGUUCAAUUACUAAAUGCUGUUGAAUCAUUUUAUAUUUGUGUUGCACUGCUUUAAACAUAAUGGACUGUUCUAUUGCUCUUAAAUGUAUUCACUAAUUUAGUAUUAUAUUUUAGUUGAAGAGCCACAAUUUUCAAUAUUACCUAUAUGUUUACUACAUUCUAAAUAUAGAUUUUAAUUUUACAUUAUCAAUCUAAAUAUAGAUUUUAAUAUCACAUUAUCAAUCUAUGUAUAGAUUUUAAUAUUACAUUGUCUUUCUAAAUAUAGAUUUUAAUAUCACGUAAACCACUAAGUUAUAAUCAGCAUUUUCUAUUUAGGCUAAGCAGAGUGUAAGCAAUUUAAUUGCUUGAUGCUUUACAAUAAGAUUUGGUGACCUGUUUCUCGAAAUCUUAACUAAAGAUAAGAUCCAAAUUUUAGUAGAUACUUCAAUUUUGAUUGGCUAAGCAUUAAAUCAAUCUAAUAUUAUCCAAUCAAAUUACUAAAAUUUGGAUUUUAUCUUUGUUAGAUUAUCAAACCAUGAUAGAAGAAAGAUAUUCAUCAUGUACCAAACUACACCAAAUGAGAAUGCAAUAUCAUGACGAUCAUAUUGUAGCUCUAUUUUCUUUAAAGCUUUGGCCAAAAGAAAUAAUCUAGUUCUCAGACAAUCCUCCCUAAAAUUCUAAUGGGAGGGGUUUUUUGGUUUUAUUUUUUUUGUCACGUUCCAAGACACUAAAUUUAUCUCAUCAUAUUGUUGAUUAUCCAGUAUCUUUUAUCUCAUCACAUUGUUGAAUUUAUGAUUAUCCAGUAUCAUUCAUUAUUUUUAAUACAAUUUAUCAGGGUUGCAUAUACUGUUAUCCGGAUUCUUUCUUUAAACCGGAUUCUUGCUGUAACCCAGAUUCCUACUGUUACCUAGAUUCUUUCUUUAACCCGGAUUCUUACUGUAACCCAGAUUCCUACUGUUACCUGGAUUCUUUCUUUAACCCGGAUUCUUACUGUAACCGAGAUUCUUUCCACCGGUAUUACCCGGAUUCUUACUGUACCCCGGAUUCUUACUGUAACCCAGACUCUUACUGUAACCUGAAUUUUUACUGUAACCGGGAUUCUUACUGUGACUCAGAUUCUUACGGUAACCCAGACUUUUACUGUAACCCAGAUUCUAAUUGUAACCCAGAUUCUUACUGUAAACCGGAUUCUUACUGUAACCCAGAUUCUAACUGUAACCCAGAUUCUUACUGUAUUUAUUCAACCAUUACACAUCAAUAUAAGCAUGUACAAAAAAAAACACUGCGCAUACCCAGUGGCAAACACAAACUCAACUAAAAGACAUGAAACGAAAACUUAGCAGGGGUAUCUGAGAAUCAAAAAUUUUUUUUUUUUUCAUUUGGUCUUAGAUUAGUAUCAUGUAGUUGUAGACCAUGUUUUUUUUUACAAUCCAUUAAUUAGCCAUUCCAACAACUUACAUAUAUCAGUGCUUCUUGUCAGUGUCUUUAGUCCCCCGAAAAGCAGAGAAUAAGGGAAAAUGUUACUGAUUUUGUACGUAACAUUUCAAAAUGGUUUUAGUCCCAAAAUGACCUAGUUUGUGUCGAGUGGAGGUUAAACCCCAUUUCUCUAUCUCUCUCUUAAAUGGUUUCACACUUUUCGGCAGAUCAAAGACACCCUUUAUCUUAUAACUAUCAGAAAAUCAAUUCACUCAGUUUUCAUGCUGUUUUUUUAUGGCAUAUAAAUCUAUAUAGACUGUUUUGACCAAAUUAUAUCAAAUAUAUCAAACAGAAAAAGCAAAAUCAUGUGUCCACAUGCCCCUGUCCUGUAUACUUUUUUUUUAUCGUUUAGAAUUCAAUACAGAGUUACUGAUACAUAAUAGAGUCUCAAUGAGGCUUCGUUAUGUUAGGUAAUAGAAUUAAAACUGUAUAAAAAUUUUAACCUAGGCUACAUCUAUAAAUGGUCACAAGGAAUUAAUAAAGAUCAAAAAUUAGUUUGUGGACCUUAUCUAUAUUGUUUAUCACUUGCUGUUCCUUCAUUUGAACAUUGAUUUAUUUUGUUAUGUAAGCAUAAAUCUUAUAUUUAUAUAUGUUAUAAUAAAUGAUGAUUCCAUAAUAAUAUUAUUCUAAAUAUUGAGGAUGAUUAUUUCUUGUAUUUGUUCAGAUAAGGAUUACAUGUACUGUCAGAGAUGUAAUUGUUAAAAUAGAGAUUACAUGUACUGUCAGAGAUGUAAUUGUUAAAAGGGGAUUACAUGUAUUGUUAGAUGUUAUUGUUUGAAUAGGGACUACAUAUAUUUUCAAAUGUAAUUGUUCCUAGGGGAAUUACAUGUACUGUCAGAGAUGUAAUUGUUGAAAUGGGGAUGAUUACAUGUAUUUUCAGAUCUAAUAUUUCAAAUGAGAAUUACAUGUAGGGGCCUACCAUACUUUGAAAUUCCUUUGAUAUACAUUCUGUUUUAGGCAACACUCCAAUCUGUUUUAGACCACACCCCGAAUCUGUUUUAGGCCACACCGCAAUUCGAUUUUUUGUUCUUCGGGAAUCAAUUUAAAAAUUUGACAAAUUUUUAUCAAGCCGCCUGAAAAACUAAAAAUUUCAUUUUCUUGUGGUAUUAUUGAUUUGAAAUUCAUUUGAUUAUGUCUAUUCCAGUACCCUACAUCUAGCUAGAUGUAGAGUAACGGAAUCAGCUGAGGUUUGCCGUGUGCGCCUUGGCCUUAUAUCCUAAUUCUAAAAAAACAUUAUCGAUCCACCGGAUAUUUUACACCCAACGAGCUGGGGCCUUAUCCAUAAAGACUAUUUAAAGGGUGUUCAUUGGUUAAUCGUUAAAAUUAAGGUACAAAUUUUAGCCCUUAGCCAAUGAAAUGGCUCUUAUUUGAAAGCUUCAACAUGUUCAUUGGUUGAGGUUUAAAAUCCAAUUACAAAAUUUAGCCCUUAGCCAAUGAAAUGGCAGCAUUCUUAAAGCUUUUGUGAAUAAGGACCCUGUAUUUUAUCUUAUUUCUGUUGAUUAGAAAUUCAUUUUAUCAUUUCAACAAUUAUUACAUCUUGACUUUUUCAUAGCUAUUUACACUUUAUACGUGGUUUUUAAAAAAGCCUAUUUUAACUGACCUGUUGAACUUGCGACCAGUAUUUUAUUUUAUUCGCUCAAUAAAAUUUUAACCAUUUAAAAAAA